AUGAAACUUCAACGAGUGUAUGUAGACUGGAAUCGCUGCUGGGUACAGGAAGAUGUGAAUGUUAACCGAUGCUACAAUUGCUCUGCUUACGGGCAUAAAGCGUCCACAUGUGAUAAACCUCCGUGCUGCCCAAAAUGCGCUGGUGAUCACAAAGCAAACGAAUGUGAAGCCGAUUUCGAGAAGUGCAGUCGUCCUGGUCCUUCGGUUGUGGUUGGCGAUGGGAUCUCCCGUGGACCUUUCUUAGGCAAGUAUGCGCUUCCUAGUACAGUCCAUCUGCCUGAUUCUUUUUCACGUUUUAGCAGCGACGAACCGACUAUCAGCAGUGUUCCUCUGCCCGAUAGUUCCUGUCAGAAUCAUUCAAUACCGAAACUUACUACACACGACAUUGACGCGAAUGUUAUUCACGCCUACUACCAGAACGUGCGAGGUUUAAGGACUAAACUAGACGACCUGUUGCUUGCAUCUAGUGACUGCAAUUAUGAUAUAAUCAUGCUAACAGAAACCGGUUUAGAUGACUGUAUCGAUUCCCUCCAACUGUUCGGAUCUGCUUAUAACGUCUAUCGGUGUGAUCGUAGCGCGAGUAAUAGCAACAAAAGUAGUUUCGGUGGAGUACUGAUUGCCGUUGCUCAAAAGUUCUGUAGUUCGGCGAUAAAUUUAAACCGUGGUAGUUGUCUUGAACAAGUCUGUGUUUCUGCUGUUAUUAAAGGCACGAAGUUAUUGCUUACUGCAGUCUACAUCCCUCCCGAUAGAAGCAAAAUUGUUAGGUUCAUUGACGAGCAUAUUUUGUCGAUGCGCGAAUUAUGUGACAAAGGUUCUCUGAACGACAGAGUUCUCAUUUGCGGUGAUUACAACCAGCCGCAAAUUUCCUGGUUUAAUGGAGAGAAUGGAGUGCAAUGUGAUAGUUCUCUUCCGCUUCAUGUUGCUAGUGCUGCCGUCAUCGAUGGAUUCGAAUUCCUGAACUUGAAACAAGUCAAUACACUGCGUAAUAAUCUGGGGCGUAUACUCGACCUUGUUUACUGCCUGCCAGAACAAGAAAUCUCAGUGCAUUUAGCUAUUGCUCCGCUGCUUCCCGUUGAUCCUCCCCACCCGCCACUGGAGUUAAUUCUACCAAUACCGGCUUGUUCCGUUGAUGUUCCUGCGGCUUCUGUUGGUAUGGCACCUCAUAACUAUCGUCGAAUCAACUUUGAUGCACUUGCUGGAUAUCUUUCUGCAUUGGAUUGGGUAGCCUUGUUGGACGAAUUGGACGUUGAUGAUAUGACAUUGCGUUUCUGCGAUGCUAUUUGCAGUUGGUUAGACGAUAAUCUGCCGAGAACUAGACCUCCUAAAGUUCCUGCUUGGGGUAAUGGUGAACUGCGAAGGUUGAAACGAUAUCGUAACGCAAGACAGAGACUGCUCCGCAAACAACGAACACUCUUCAAUAGACGUGCUUUUAAAUAUGCAAGUGAUGCGUACCGUAGGCUGAAUAGUUCUCUCUACAAAUCCUAUGUAUUGCGGACGCAAUUCAGUUUGCGAUCCAACCCUAAAAGCUUUUGGACAUUUGUGAACUCAAAGAGGAAAAGCACUUCAAUUCCUUCUAGUGUGUUCUUGGGCGGCACAGACUCUUCGACUGUCACGGAAUCUUGCGAAUUGUUUGCUGAUCACUUUUCUUCUGUGUUUGCCAAUGGUUGUACAACACAGUCUGAAGCUGAAUUAGCUGCAGCUGGUGUACCUGUUGGUGCUGUUGACAUGGAUAUUUUCGAAAUCACCCCUGCUAUGGUCAUUGCUGGUGCUAAGAAGUUGAAAAGCUCCUACUGGUCCCGACGGCGUUCCAGCUAUUAUUUUCUGUCGCUGCGCUACUGCUCUUGCCGUGCCCCUCAGUCGGAUUUUUACUAA